AUGGUCUGGUUUUUCAAUCCAGGAGAUGGGAUCAAGCCUAUCGGAUAUGUGAAUGCAAUAGCUGGAGGAGUGGCUACUUUCCUAGUUUCUGCCCCAGUAAUUGGAUUUGCAUAUCGGCAGCGGCCAAUAAAAAAAGCACAUGGACCUUGUUUGCAAUCCACCUCUGAAAUCGACCAAUAUCCGGAGCAACACGAGCAGCCAAGUCGAAAAUCCAAUGACUUGAUCAUGAAGUCUGCCCGCUCUUACAAAUGA